CUUCCCCUCCCCCUCCCCAUCUCCCACCAGGGCCUAACGCUCCUCUCCUCACGGCGCAGGCGCAGGGGCCGCCGCCGGCUCUGGCUUCCAUUCCAUUCGCUGGGACGCCAGGGGCGCCGCGUGAGGGGGAGACGCGCGGCCGCAGCACCGCCCGCUCGCCUGCCCCGGGCCGGUCACCGCCGGCACCAUGAAGAUCUGGACCUCGGAGCAUGUCUUCGACCACCCUUGGGAAACAGUUACAACAGCUGCUAUGCAGAAAUACCCAAAUCCCAUGAACCCUAGUGUGAUUGGAGUUGACGUACUAGACAGACACAUAGACCCCAGUGGAAAGUUGCAUAGCCAUAGACUGCUCAGUACAGAAUGGGGGAUGCCAUCUAUCGUAAAAUCACUCAUCGGUGCUUGCAGAACAAAGACAUAUGUUCAGGAACACUCUGUAGUUGACCCUGUGGAAAAAACAAUGGAACUUAAGUCAAGUAAUAUUUCAUUUACAAAUCUAGUAUCAGUAGAUGAGAGGCUUAUCUAUAAACCACAUCCUCAAGAGCCAGAAAAAACCAUUUUGACUCAAGAAGCAAUAAUCUCUGUGAAAGGUGUCAGUGUCAGCAGUUAUCUAGAAGGAUUAAUGGAAAACACUAUCUCUUCCAAUGCGAAUAAAGGCCGUGAAGCAUUGGAAUGGGUAAUCAGUAAAUUGAAUGCUGAAAUUGAGGAGUUCACAGCUUCAGAGAGGAAGCAUGAGGACUUCUAUGGCAGCGGCAGCAUUUGUAGAGAAAUAAUACUACAUCCGCUAUUCCCAGAUCUGUGCCAAUGCUGUCAGAGCAGCGAUGAAACCACAAUACAAAGCUGAGGCAGAAAAAGCUGCAGUGGCCACUAUAAAAAUAGCAAAACCUAAAAAGGAGUAAGAUGAUUGUCCCCGUGAUGAACUGUAUGGACAAAAUAUCAAGUGAAGACAAGGUCAUGGGUCUGAAGAUGUGCAGUGUAGUCUCUUCAUGUUAGCUAUAAAAUCUGCCUACAUGUGUAAGUCAACAUGCUAAUAAACUGAGCUUCUAGUUCAUCAUGACCAUA